GGAAGAGGAAAGGUAGCAGCUUCAGCAGCAGGACGUCCAUGGAACAGGAGGACACAGAGAGGAGACCCUUUGAACGCGUAUUCCUGUACUUCAAAAAAAAAUAAAGUGAAGAUUUCAACAGCAAUAAAAAAGCCAUUUCCCUUUUUUUGAGUUCCUCCGUGACAAUGAACUCAUCACCAAUAAAAUGUAUGAUGAUUUUCAAGAUUCCUAUUCAAACCUGGUCCCUUUACAAAAAGUGGUCUACAGAGCCCUGGAAGAGCUGGAGAAGAGACUUGACCUGGUGGUCCUGAGGGUGCUGUUCAGUGAGGAAAACUUGAGGGCAUACCCUGAUUUGGAACUCAUUCUCCAAAGCUUUGAAAAUGUCUUACAGAACAAACUGUGUUCCCACGAAAGUGAUAGAGGAGACCCGAACUCCCAGCUAAGUCUUGAACAAGGACGUGAUGACAGCUCUUCUCAACAAAGCCUGACCUGGUCACCCUUAGAUCCCUCCUCAUCUGAUGGCCAGAGAAUUAGUGAAAGAAGAAAUGCCACCAUCAUCCAGGGAAAUCAAACUGAGAAUCAUCAGUCCACCAGCUUUCAGAUUGACAAUGUCAUGAGUUUACAAGAAAAUGGACUCUCAGAAGACCAAGCAACCACACGUCAAGGACCAGAUUCUGAGCCAGAGGAGUCCUGUGAACUAGAAGUCCAACUGAGUAACAGUGAUCCGUACCUGGAGCCUCACAGCCCAUUGCCCUGGAAUGAAGAAAGAGCAGAAGUACGAAGCCAGGGAACCCAAAUUUAUCCCUGUUCCGUGCAUCUGGUAGAUAUAAAGCAGGAAAAGUCAUUGUUUGUCUCAGGUGGUGAAGAGACCGAAGCAAGGACCAGCCACAAUCAGGAAGAUGAGGUUAUAGUCCUCAGCAGCGAGGAUUCCAAUGAUGGAAGCAACUGCUGGGAAGAAUCCACCCCAGUCAUCUGCCAGUCAAAGUCUGUGGAUUCCAGGAAAACUUUCACAUUCAGAAAAACACUCAGGAGAAGAGGUUACACACUGAGGCGUAUCAACUCUUCUUCACAAAGAGGCACAAAAAGAGGUCCGAGAAUUCCCAGACAACACAAUGUGGAUUUCAGCAGCCCUGAGCUUCCGGUGACCUGUGGUAUUGCUAAGGGGAUUCUGUAUAAAAAUAAAUUUGAGGAAGGCAUCCAUGUUAAGAGCAUACGGAAUGCGGCUGGGGAAUGGUUUGCUCUCAGGGAGUUUGAAAUCAUAGGAAAGCGUGAACAAUCCAAGAACUGGAAGCAGAGCAUACGUUCCUAUGGAUGGACCCUGAAAGAACUGAUAGAGGUAUUCUGGUGGCAGAUGGCUUCCAUGGUCCCUGGGUAAGACAGUGGAUUAAAAGCUUCUAUGUGACAGGCAGCUUCAUUAUUUUGGGGUAAGACAACAGAUUAGCAGCUUUUUCAGUGUGACCAGUAGCUUUAACUGUCAUAACUUACUGGUAUCAGCUAUUAGCAGAAUGACUGUGUCCACGAUACCAUCAUGGCUCUUCUUAGCCAGGUUCCAUGGCAUGGGUGGUUGCCAGCAUGCCACUCAGGUGUUCCCUUGGCUGGUUUACAUUACAGCUGAGUCCUCUAAAAUGCACUAACUUGCAUCCUUUGGAUGGAGGAGAAAGGACUGAACUUUACUGUUGACUCAUUACAUAAAAUUUGUUGGCAUGGAUAUAAUUUAAAUUAAAUUUAACUAUAAUUUAAACUUGGAAGGUCAGUGAUGAAAAUGAUGGAUGAUUACAUGCCUGAAAAUAAGGCGCCCCUAUGGAUGCCUGAGUUACAGAGUGCUCUGCACUACUUCUCCCGGUCUCACACACUUGCUCUUGAAUAGCUGAGUGUGGUGGCCAAACCUCUAAUCCCAGCGCUGUGAGACUGAGAUAGGGAGACUGCUCAGAGCUCCAGGCUGGUCCAGACCCUGUAGUGAGUUCCAGGACAGCUUAGGUUAUAGAGUGAUAGCUUCCUCAACUCCAUCUACUCAAAAAACAAGAGCAAAUAACAGGAAAACAAUUUUGAAAUAAGUUCUUUGCUCUCCAUUUAUAAUUACCCCUGAAUUGGGACACUCAGGAGGUUUCCCUGGGAGCUGAACCAUUUCUUUUGACUUAGGGUACACUGAUCUUUCUGUCACACAUCUCAGAUGGCCUUUCCCUGUGUCUUUCU